UCCCCCGCCUGGGAGCGAGUCCGGCGCCGCAGCCCCGCCGGGUGGGUUCAAGAGGCCUUUGGAGCUCGCAGGCCAGGGACGCGCGGUGAGCCCCAGGUGUGACCCCAGGGAUCCAGGUGACAUCUCUGCAGACACUCUGCCAUGACACCCCACCAAGGACAAGGGGACUAAAGGAGGAACCAUUUCCCAUGCCCCUCCCAUGGUCAGCUCCCCGAUGGCCUGGGUGAGAGCCGAUAGGCUGCUCUGACACCAUGGGGAGCUGCUGGAGCUGCCUGGACAGAGACAGCGUGCCGCACAACCACCCUACCAAGUUCAAGGUGACCAAUGUGGAUGAUGAAGGGGUGGAGUUGGGCUCGGGGGUGAUGGAGCUGACCCAGAGUGAGCUGGUGCUACACCUGCACCAGCGGGAAGCUGUCCGCUGGCCCUACCUCUGCCUGCGGCGCUAUGGCUACGACUCCAAUCUCUUCUCCUUUGAGAGUGGCCGCCGCUGUCAGACAGGCCAGGGUCCACACAUGCUCAGCACGAGGAGUCCUUCUUGGGACUGUGCUGCACGCAGACAGAGCUGUCUCUCCCGAGACAGCACAAAGCAAUGCGUGUUCCGGGUUGAUUGCUGAAGGGCCUUUCCUGGCAUGCACCUCAUCCCUGUGGUACAGGCAAGCAUGGCGUGUGAGCAGAGAGGCAUCUUUGCAUUCAAGUGUUCGAGGGCAGAGGACAUCUUCAACCUGCUGCAGGACCUCAUGCAGUGUAACAGCAUCAACGUGACGGAGGAGCCGGUCAUCAUCACGCGGAGCAGCCACCCACCAGAGCUGGACCUGCCUCGAGGGCCCCCACAGCCCGCUGGCUACACGGUCUCUGGCUUCUCCAAUGGCUUCCCUGGCUGCCCUGGAGAGGGCCCACGGUUCUCCUCCGCACCUCGCCGACCCUCCACAAGCAGUCUGCGACACCCCUCGCCUGGGGAAGAGUCUACCCACACCCUCAUUGCCUCCGAGGAGCAGUCUCACACCUAUGUCAACACACCAACUGGGGAUGAGGAUGGCAGAAGUCGCCACUGCCUGCAGCCACUGCCUGAGGGCAGGGUACCCCUCCCAGCACAGACACAGGGUUCCGACCAGCGAGACCCACAGGUGUUGCUCCAGCCAGGGCAGGUCAAGUUCGUGCUGGGCCCCACCCCUGCUCGGCGGCAGGUGAUGAAGUGCCAGAGCCUCUGCCCGGGCAUGCAGGACCCUCCCCAUCACAACAACAACGAGGGCCCUUCUGAGUGCCCAGCCCAGCCCAAAUGCACCUACGAGAACGUCAGCGGGGGCCUGCAGCAAGGGGCUGGCUGGAGACUGAGCCCUGAGGAGCGAGGGUGGAGUGGCCUGGCCCACCGUCGGGCGGCCCUGCUGCACUAUGAGAACCUGCCCCCACUUCCCCCAGUGUGGGAGAGCCAAGGUCAACAGCCGGGAGGGGAGGCUGGGGAUGAUGGGGACUCCAGGGACGGGCUUACCCCGUCCUCAAAUGGCUUCCCUGAUGGCGAGGAGGAUGAAACCCCGCUACAGAAACCCACCAGCACGCGGGCCUCCGCCCGUAGCCACAGCGGCUUCCCUGUCCCACUGACCCGCCGACGAGGCUCCCCGCGGGUCUUCAACUUUGAUUUCCGCCGGCAGGGCCCUGAGCCCCCAAGGCAGCUCAACUACAUCCAGGUGGAGCUCAAGGGCUGGGGUACAGCCCGUCCCAAGGGGCCCCAGAACCCCUCAGUGUCUGGAGCUCCUGGGCCCACCCCACACCCUGUUCGCAGCUCAGACUCGUAUGCCGUGAUUGACCUCAAGAAAACGGCGGCCAUGUCCGACCUGCAGAGGGCUCUGCCCCGAGAUGAUGGCGCGGUCAGGAAGACUCGGCACAACAGCACCGACCUGCCUCUGUAGACCUGGGCCUCCGCCUGCCUCUGCCUACAGCAGGGGACUCCACCUCACCCACCAGCCCAGGACUCUCAGCUGCUCUGCAGAAGACACUUCCCUGCAUCGCCGGAGUCCCCAAAGAUGUCAGCCACUGAGUGUCCAGUUCCCCAAGCUGGGGAGAGGAGAGGGGGAGCCGGAGAGGAGGGAACCAUGGUGGAAACUGUGAAGGGUUCUCAAGGUUGCAUUUCGCACCCUUCCCUAAUGUCCGUUUGUCUGUCUGUCUGCUGUCCAUGUGUUUGUGCUUUCAGGUUUUUUUUCCUUUCCCUUUUUUUGUUGGAGUUUUGAGACAUUUUUGUACCUGUUGAUUUUAUUUAUCAGUUUAUUUUUCUAUUUAUUGUUUUAAAUGUAACUUAACAUAUUUAUUAUUAAUAUAAUUAUUUUUAAAUUCUGG